AUGAAGCUCCCAACCCUCUUCCUCGCGACCGCGCACAUCGCCUCCGCAGCCCUAUCCAUCCGCGGCGCGGACAUCUCCUCGCUCAUCGUGGAAGAAAACAAGGGUAUUUCGUACAAGAAUGUGAAUGGCAAAACGCAGGUUCUGGAAUCGAUCUUCGCGGAUGCGGGGAUCAAUUCUGUGCGCCAGCGGCUGUGGGUGAACCCCAGCGAUGGGAACUACGAUCUGGACUAUAAUGUCGAGCUGGCGAAGCGCGUGCAGGCGCAGGGAAUGUCGACUUAUUUGGAUUUGCACUUUAGUGAUACUUGGGCUGAUCCGAACAACCCCUCCGGAUGGUCCACAACAAACAUCGACACCCUCGCCUGGCAAGUAUACAACUACACUCUCGAAGUCUGCGACACCUUCUCCGAAAACGGCUUGACGGUCGACAUAAUCUCCAUCGGCAACGAAAUCCGCAACGGCCUCCUCUGGCCGCUAGGCAAAACAUCCAGCUACAGCAACAUCGCGCGCCUCCUGCACUCCGCCGCCUGGGGCGUUAAGGACUCUUCACUCUCUACAACGCCCAAGAUAAUGAUUCACCUCGACAACGGCUGGUCCUGGGACCAGCAAUCCUACUUCUACGACCAAGUUCUGGCCUCCAGCACCGCGCUCGAAUCCUCUGAUUUCGACUACAUCGGGGUAUCAUACUACCCCUUCUACAACUCCGCCGCGACCCUCGCGUCGCUAAAGACCUCGCUGACGAACCUGUACUCGACGUACGGCAAGGACGUGCUCGUCGUCGAGACGAACUGGCCGUAUUCGUGCCCGAACCCGGCGUAUUCGUUUCCGUCGGAUUUGACCAGUAUCCCUUUCUCUGUUGCGGGUCAGCAGAGCUUUUUGCAGAAGUUGGCUGCUGUUGUUGAGGGUGUUAGCGGGGGACUGGGCAUUUAUUAUUGGGAGCCGGCUUGGGUUGAUAAUGCGGGUUUGGGGAGUAGUUGUGAUGAUAAUUUGUUGGUUAGUUGGCAGAAUGAUGAGUCGAGGGCUAGUUUGAGUACGCUGGGUGGGUUGUGA